GGGAGGUACCGGGGCGGGCGGAGCCCUAGCACUGCGGCCCGGGCCCUGCGCCGUUCCCGACCCCUAACCGGCCCCGAACCGACCCCACUCCGGGAUCCGCACCCCGACGACCCCCACCCCCGAUUCCGCAUCCCGGACCCUCCCUGGAACCUCCUCUUGGCUCACCAGAGCCCUCACUUCCCCCGGGACCCUGUCCGGGAGCCCGGGCCCCACACCGGGACCCCCCCAGACCCCGCACCUCCGGACUCCCAGACCCGCACCGGGAACCCCUUAGAACCCCACACUUGCGGACCCGCGGACUCGCACCAGGACCCCCCCGGACCCACACCUCCAACCCAAGCCGGACUCCGCACCGGUACCCGGGGCCUCGCAGCCGGACCCCUCUCCCCACGGCGGGGACUCCCUCCCGCGCUCCCCGGUGCCGGUGCGGCCAUGGCCGGUGGUGGGACGAGGUCCCGGAGCUGGUGCGGGGGCAGCUGAGAUCCCAGUACCGGGGACACCGGCCCCGGGGAGACUGAGCCGCGCCGAGCCUCGAGGUGAGCAGGUGGCACGGUGGGCACGGCGAUGGCAGCCCAGGGCGAGUACCAGCGGCUGGAUGACGUGGAGCAGGAUUUGCCCCCUGGCGAGGAGGAAGAGGAGGAGCUGCUGCAUGUCACCGAGGGGCUGCAAGACUCUUGGCACCACAUCAAGAACCUGGAUCAUUUCUUCACCAAGAUCUACCAGUUCCACCAACGCAAUGGCUUCGCCUGCAUGAUGCUGGCCGACCUCUUUGAGCUGGGGCAGUUCCUCUUCGUGGUCAUCUUCACCACCUUCCUGCUCUGCUGUGUGGACUACGAUGUCCUCUUCGCCAACCGCCCGCUCAACCACAGCCAGGCGGGCACAGACCGUGCCAAGGUGACGCUGCCUGAUGCUGUCCUGCCCGGCCCACAGUGUGCCCAACGGAUCCGUGCCAGCGGCUGGAUCAUCUUCAUGCUGGUGAUGGCAGCAGUCUUCUGGCUGUACCGGCUGGUGAAGGUCCUCUGCAGCGUGCUGGGCUACUGGGAGAUCCGCAGCUUCUACAUCAAGGCCCUCAACAUCCCCUCGGAGGCGCUGUGUAACCACAGCUGGCAGGAGGUGCAGGCGAGGCUGAUGGCCCUGCAGCGCCGGCAGCAGCUGUGCGUGCACAAGAAGGAGCUGACGGAGCUGGACAUCCACCACCGCAUCCUGCGCUUCCAGAACUACACCGUGGCCAUGGUCAACAAGUCCCUGCUGCCGAUCCGCUUCCGCCUGCCGCUGCUGGGCACCGUGGUCUUCCUCACCCAGGGCCUGCAGUACAACCUGGAGCUGCUGCUGUUCCGCGGCCCCGGCGCGCUCUUCCAGAACGCCUGGAGCCUGCGUCCACAGUGCAAGCGGGCGGGUGCCCGGCGAGAGCUGGCGCAGCAGUUGGCACGGGCCAUGGUGCUGCUGGGGGUGGCCAACCUGCUGCUGUGCCCCUGCGUGCUGCUCUGGCAGCUGCUCUACGCCUUCUUCAGCUACGCCGAGGGCAUCAAGCGGGAGCCGGGCAGCCUGGGCGCACGCCGCUGGUCGCUCUACGGCCGCCACUACCUGCGGCACUUCAACGAACUCAGCCACGAGCUGCGGGCGCGGCUGAGCCGUGGCUACAAGCCAGCCACCAACUACAUGAACUCCUUCAGCAGCCCGCUGCUGGCCGUGCUGGCCAAGAACGUUGGCUUCUUCGCCGGCUCCAUCCUGGCCGUCCUCAUCGCCCUCACCGUCUACGACGAGGAUGUGCUGACAGUGCAGCACAUCCUGACCGCUCUCACCCUGCUGGGGCUGGUGGUCACCAUGGCCAGGUCCUUCAUCCCUGAUGAGCACACAGUAUGGUGCCCAGAGCAGCUCCUACAGCGGGUCCUGGCCCAUGUCCACUACAUGCCCGACCACUGGCAGGGCAAUGCCAGCCGGGCAGAGACACGCAGCGAGAUGGCCCAGCUCUUCCAGUACAAGGCGGUCUUCAUCCUGGAGGAGCUGCUGAGCCCCAUCAUCACCCCCCUCAUCCUCAUCUUCGCGCUGCCCCCCCGCGCCCUCGACAUCAUCGACUUCUUCCGCAACUUCACGGUGGAGGUGGUGGGGGUGGGGGACAUCUGCUCCUUCGCCCAGCUCGAUGUCCGCAGCCACGGCAACCCCCAGUGGCUGUCGGCGGGGCACACGGAGGCCUCGGCAUACCGGCAGGCGGAGGACGGCAAGACGGAGCUGUCGCUGAUGCGCUUCGCCAUCGCCCACCCGCGCUGGCAGCCGCCGCGGCCCAGUGAGCUCUUCCUCAGCCACCUGAAGGAGCAGGUCCAGCGGGACGCUGCCACCGCUCCGCCCUCCCGCCACGUCCUGCCCGAGGGCACUUUGGCCACCUCGCUGCUCUCCGAUGACUCAGCUGCCGCACCGGACGGGCUGGUGGCCAGUGUCCUGGCACGGCCCAUCCUCUCUGCCAGCGGACUGGUGGCACGGGAACGACGUUUGUCCCAGCCCUGCAGCACUGCCAGCGCCGCCGCCAGCGUCCUGCUGUCCCUGGCAUCCCCCAUGCCCGGCUGGGUGAGGGGCAACGUUGGUGACAGCCCCACUGGCAACCCGCUGCACCCCGAGGAGAGCCUGCUCCUGAGUCGCUCGGCACUGCUCUCUGAGGUGGCCUCGGCUGAGAUGAGUCUCCAUGCCAUCUACCUGCACGAGCUCCACCAGCAGCAGCAGCAGGGCCCUGGCCCCCAGGCCGUCGGGGUCUGGGUGUCUUCAGGGGCACCCAAACCCCCCUCCAUGACAGCAGGCUCAGCUGCCCGGGCCUCACAGGCUCAGCUCCGAGAGAUGCCCCUGGGUGGCUGGGCAGAGGAGGAGGAGGAAGAGGAGGAGGAAGAGGAGAAGGAAGAGCAAAGGACAGGCUAGCGGCCUUGGCUGCCAUGGGGUCCUGGACAUGCCAAGAGCUCCUGGUCACAGUUCUGGGAGAGUUGCUGGAAGGUGCUGGCCCACACUGGGCACUGCCAGGGGGGACUUGCCGGUGUCCGGAGUCAUGAUGUGGGGUGGUCCAUCUGGCUGUGCCUUUCUGGGCACCCUGCUUGGCACAAGGCCUUGCUGGUGGCCCCGCCUUGGUGCGGGCCUAGGGGUGCUUCUGGGGGCAGCCAGCCCCCCUAAGGUGCUGUACUUAUGGGGGGCAUGGGGCUGCUGCCUUCCCUGUGCCCACCACAGUGCCUGACACUGGGCAUUGGCCACACUGAGCUGCUGAGGUGGGGAAUAAAGGUUUACAGAGGGGCUGUG